AAAUUUAAAAAUAAUAAAAAUUUUAAAAUUGAAAUCUCAUUAUCACUUUUAUUUAAAAAAAAAAUAAACCCUAAUUUCUUAUAAUCCCAAUAUCAAUACCGGACCUCUCAGCAGGACACGCGCCACUGGGAAUCACUCUUCCCCAAUGACAUGCGAAUCCGAAAUCGCAACCGCCGUCGCCCAGAACGACACCACUGAACCCUGCCAGCUCGACUUCUCCGUCCUCCGCAACCUCGUCGAGAACGCCAAAAUCCCCACCGUCGACCGCACCCAGGCCUGCCAGUACCUCCGCCAGGGCCUUCGCCUCGUCCAGUCUGACUACCUCCGUCGGACCAACGAUUUCCUUCUGCCGAAUCCUACUGGCGCUCUUACCAGCGCCUCGUCGACGACUUCCUCCCGAUCCCGAACUUUGACGCCCGCUCCUCCUGUGGUUUCCGUACCAGUUGGAUCUCACAACGCUUCAAAUCUUGUAACCCUCUUAACUCGAGCUCAUUUAUACAAUCAAAAGACCCUUCCUAGCAAGAGUUGAGUUGAUAGAUGUGGAAUGCAUGUCGUAAUGGUGACAAAAUUGAUGGUCAGUGCUCACUGUUGUUUCCAAUAUUACCCCAUGGAUUGUUUGUUACUCUGUCGAUUGGAUGGGAAUGGAGGAAUUGAGAAUCAAAGGAGGAAUUUCAAUUGAGAAUUAUUGUAUACCUCCCUAUGCUUAGACUUGGUAUGUGAUAUGUUUAUGAAGAAAGACAGUACACAAUAAAUCCAGAAGAUUAUC